AUGGACAGUAGUCAAUCUGAAGAUAUAUGGUGUCGCAGUACCGCUCGAGCAUUGGAUAUUUUCAAUCGACGUGGUUCACUUCUUGCUGUCGCACUUGGUGGGGUUAACAGUGAAGCAAUUGCAUCGUUACCUACUUAUAAUUCAUCAAAAAUUACCAUAUCUGCUCCUAAUUCAUCCAAUUAUCAAAAUGUUAGUAACGGCAACAGUGGUCGUAGUGGUAUCUCAACGAUGACAUCCUGCCCUACACAUGGCCUUGCAACAACAUCAGCAUUAACGCCUUCCGGUUCUAUUCAGACUAAUGUGUCGUUAUCACAGUUUGAUUCUCAUCCUACUUAUGAUUCCGAUAGUAGUUCACAAAUUGCUCCCGAACGUAUAAGCGAAUGGCGACCAUGCUUUCCACGUCUCUGUGCUCACCAUGAUUGUGUAAGCUUAGCAUCAGCUUGGGGUCUUGGUCCACCAACAACAUCUCUCGAGCCUCGUCCAACUGGAGCAUCCCAGGCUCAGAGUCCAUGUGAAGAUGACAUGGGUGAUGGUAAAUCUAAUGAUUUAUUGGCAAAUUGUCCAGCUUUCAGAAAUGAAUUAGGUGGUGAACCAAUUCGUCGCCUAGCUCUUUCACGUCGCUUUAAUGCUGUUUCAACUGAUGAAUUGAGAAGAAAUCGGAAUGAAACAUGGCAACGAGAACAUACAGCAUCUGAAAUCGGUAUUCUGGAAGAUGUUAGCAAUGUUUACCUUGGUGGCAGAUUAUGCGCAGCACGUCAACAAAAAGUUGUCAUUGAACCUCAGGAUAUUGGCGCUUACUAUUAUCGACAUUGUUUUCUUGGACGUCCUCAUUGGAAUUUUUUUGGUACUGAUGAAACAUACGGUCCAAUUGCUGUUUCGGUAGUUCGUGAACGUAUUGAAAGCGGUGUUCAGAAUGUUACCAUUUAUCGGAUGAUUAUUCGGCUUAGUGAUCUUUGUACGCUACGAGUUGCAAUACCGGAAGAAGUUAUUUCGGAAAAUAAUGCUGAUCAAAAAAAUACUCGAUCACUGAUAAAAGAAUUAUUGGAAAUUGCUUGUCCACAAAUACACUACGGAAUUCUUCGUCCAGUUAAUCCAUCGUGUACACGAGUGGAAGAUUUUCUUGUGAAAAUUGAUGAACAGCCAAUUUAUACGCGAUAUAAAGUUGGCGUAAUGUAUUGCGGUGUUAGUCAAUCCACUGAAGAGCAAAUGUAUAAUAAUGAAAAUGGAUCUCCUGCUUUCGAGGAAUUUUUAGACUUUCUUGGGCAACGUGUACGGCUGAAAGGUUUUGAUCAAUAUAAGGGUGGUCUUGACGUACGUGGUGAUACAACGGGUACACAUUCGAUAUAUGUCAAAUAUCAGGCACACGAAAUAAUGUUCCAUGUAUCAACACUUCUUCCUUUUACUCCAAGUAACAAACAACAGUUAGCUCGAAAAAGACAUAUUGGUAAUGAUAUGGUUACUGUAAUAUUUCAAGAACCUGGUGCUCUUCCUUUCAGUCCAAUUACUGUUCGUUCACAUUUCCAACAUGUUUUCAUUAUUGUACGAGCUAAUAAUCCAUGCACUGAUGACGUAACUUAUAGUAUUGCUGUGUCGCGAGCAAAAGAUGUUCCAGCAUUUGGACCUGCUGUACCCCAAGGAGCAACAUUUCCAAAAUCCUCCGAAUUUCAUGAUUUUUUCAUUACAAAAAUAAUAAAUGCUGAAAAUGCGGUGCAUCGUUCGAAAAAAUUCGCAGCAAUGGCAGCACGUACACGUCGCGAAGCAUUGAAAGAAGUCGCAGAAAAUUUUGCCUCAGCUCAUCCAAAUGAUGGACCUGCAAAAAUUGCAAGUCGAUUUUUGGUUGGAUCAGUGAAACGAAAAGAGCGCUCAUUACCACGGCCAGUUUUAAGUGAAUCAUUACAUGGAGCACUUUCAUGGCUUGUUGAAGUUCAUGAUCAUUCACAGAAUCAAUCGAUCACAUGUGUUCUUGGUUUAUCCAGUGAAACUUUGGCUAUUUUAGAAAUGCCAAGUGGUGAAGUUAUUUGUGCGAUACCCACACAUUCUAUCAUUGGUUGGGCUAAUAUGGAUUCAGGAUUGAAAAUUUACUUUGAUCAUGGCGAUAUGCUACUUUUGAGGUGUUGUACAGCUGAUAAUAGUGAUCGAGAAUUAACUGCAUUGAUACGACGUUUGGAAUGUGUUACGAAAGGUGAUGAAGCUAAGGAAGUAUUACAUCGACGUGUACGUGCUUCCGAUAGUUUGGGCUUUCAUGUACAAGAAGAAGGUGUUGUUACCGAUGUGGAAAUGUAUCAUACAGCAUGGCGCUGUGGCCUUCGACAAGGAUCACGUGUUGUUGAGAUUGAAGGUAAACCAAUUGUUACAAUGAGUUAUAAUGAAAUUUGUGAUCUAUUGGCACACCGUACCGCACUUCGAUUAAUUAUGAUUUCACCAGCAUCAGAUGGUUCACCUCGUAGAGGUUGUGCUGAUCCACAUUGUCCUGCCGUAAGCGGUGAUGAGCGAUUGCUACUUAUGCCUGAUACAUUUGCAAAACGAAACAUGAGCUAUCUUAGUAGCUUCAAAACUGAACAACUUCGUACAUUCAAUCAUUGGGAUAAAAAUAGAAAGCAAUCAAAUAGUUUUGAAGAUGAAUCAGUUGCAAAGAAUAGGCAUGGUGCUAUGAGAAAUCUUGCACCCUAUGAAAGGCUUAGUUAUAUACGCUGUGAAAGACCUGCAAAGACUGAGCUUGUCAAAUGGAAAACGUUGAGUAAUUGCCUGUAUGAAUCCAUUUAUAAAGUACAGGGCCGAAUGUUGCGUGUCCGUUCUGAAGAUUCAUUAGUUUCAUCCAUAGAAAAUAGCUAUAAUACCUAUUCGAAAUCCAAAAGCGAUGCUUAUGAUCGUAGUAUCAAUCUUAUAUCGAAAACAGAGGAAUCUAGAAAAUUAGCUGCAAAAAACAAUGCUGAAUUGGAAAACAGUAAAAUACAGUUGCAAAAAACAUUGCGGGAAAAACAGGCUUUAGAAGCUAUGGUUUCACGUUUGAAAGAAGAGCUUACAAAAGAGCGACGCGCACAUGAAAUGACGAAACUUGAAUUGCAAAAAUUGCAAAAAUAUUUUGAAAUGCUACCAAAUGUGUCGCUAUAA